UAUCAUGACCCAAAUAUCAUACUCGAUUUUUCGCUAACAUUGAAUCUAGUUGGGUGAUUUCGGGCUUUGUACCGAGUGGGAUGAGGAGGUAAGUCCUGCGUAGAUACUCCUUUCAUUGUUCUAGCCUCUUGAGAACAAAUGUGUAUACCGAGUUCCAUAACCUAAGAGACCAAUUACUUACCGUUCGAAAAAAUGAUAGUGGACCGACGAAGAGUAUGUUAUCAAACAAGUACUUAAACAUCGACAUGUUUCUGAUGGUCUACUUUAGGAAGCUCGCCUCCGCCAAUGUUGGAAAACCGGGAUACCAAGCACCUGUAAGCCAUCUUUUUGAAAGUAGUCAGAGAAGACGAAAUAUUGUGUGAACGCUAAAUAUCAACAUAGGAGCAACGCGACGAAAGGUGGAUCUUAGACGACUAUGCAUUCGGAGAUCAUACUAAUGUAUGGAACGCGGGAUACGUACGUCUGGCCAACUCUGGCCAACAAACCUACAGUCUGCGUUAACAAGAAUGGAUACUAAACCCAUUUCACAGCUUAUGUUCAACACGAUGACCUUCUACUUCACGGACGACCCAGAUUGGAAACCACGAGACUGUGUCGUGCAGGGUGAAGGAGACCACUACGAAAUCGUCAACACGUGGGCUCCCUAUCUCGUCGGCUUUAGUGUUUACGCCGAAUUCCAAAAGUACGAGAUCGAACUGCGCUCGUUGGUAGCCCGGUGCAUGGCGGACAAUCCCGCAGACCGGCCGACCCUGGGUGAGCUCAUCGAGACUAUCGAAGAGAACAUGAGGCGCGGAGACGAGGAUGCGGACGAGGAGUUUAGAAGGUGGGAAGAGAUAAGGCGCAUAGAUCCGAGAGCGCAGAAGCCGCCCGUGGAUGUCAGGAGACCUCCUGCGGCUGAGACCAAUGACCUGCUAAAAAGAUGGGCUCAGGAAUAUAUCUACCAGCCGAUUAACCGGCAGGAUCCAUAUGAAGACUUGUGGAAUACGAGUGUUUAGACUGCCGGGGAUAGUUGAAAAUGCAUACUUAGAUCACAUGGCAUGAGGGUCUUUUGUUUUGGGUUACUCGUUAGCCGGAAUUAGAGAGUACGUGCAUAUGUAAACUCCGUUGACAUAUUCUGCCUUUUGGAAAUGUAACUAUUGCUCAGAAUAAGGCUGGAGCGAGUUGAAAAGGAUUGAUAUAUAGAUCAAAUCGAGUAUUUCCGGAAUUUAUAUGCCAGUUCUCGAAGAAUUGGGGGGAAAAGCUCUAGAAUUGAAGCAGG